GCCGUACUCCAUAGCCCUGGCUGCAGCGGGCUGGUCUGGUCUGGUCAGGCGGCCGUAGAAGCCAACUCGCCGCCGAGAGCAGGUUUCUUUGUUGGCAACCGGUGGGGGGUGGCUGAUUCCCAUUAAUCUCCCGCACUGGCCCCUGCCGUCUCCGUUUCCUGUCUUUGCAUAUUUCUCUGUCUCCUCGCGCCCCUCCCCCUCAGGCUCCUCCACCAAGAGCGAGCGACGGAGAGACCGGGGGAAUCUGCCUCUGGCCAGGGAAGCGGUUGGAAGUGAGGCGUCCCGCGAGCUGCUUCCGCAGCUGGAAGCGACGCCUGCCUUCUCUCGUGGCGCGGGGCGGGAGCCGCCUAGAAGGAUGAAAGAAUACCAGAUAUUCAGCUUGGUGACAAGGAAGAUCUUCAGACAUUAAGGGACCUGCAAAAAACAGAGUUAAGCCGUAAGGUUUCCAGAUUUAGAGAGAGCAGAAAUGACCAUGACUGCCAACAAGAAUGCCAAUGUCACCAAGAGAGCAGGAGGAAAUAAGGUAUCUCGGGAUACUCUAGAACGGUGUCAGUCAGUGUCUCCACCACCCCUUCUGUACCAACAAAGAAGCCCCAAAACAUAUCCACUCAGUGAUAGUGAGGAGUCCUGCUGUUCUGGCAAUUUCACCAAAGUUUCCAAUUCCAGAGUCCUCCUUAAAGAUCACUCUAAGUGGGGAGUUGCCUUGAGAAGUACCUCCACUUCCCCCUCAGAUACUGAAUCUCCACAUCAUCCACUCAAAGCCAUCAGCAUUGGAUGCCUGGAUAAAAGGCUCUCUGUCUUCCAGGGAGACGAACAAAAGGAGGUAUCCAACGAGGCUCAGGAUGGCGAAGGAGUAGGCACCCGUCAACUUACGCGGAGCACUCUCUCCUUGGGAACAGCAGCCAACCUACGUAACAUCUCUCUCAGCCGGGUCAGUGUUCAUUCACAGGCUCUUGAUAUCAGGCAGAAGAUAUCAGAAUGGGAAUGCCGCAAACAGCCUUCCCCUAGAAUGAGUGUGUGCUUGGACAAGAGGGAUGUUAGGGAGCGGUCAGGCAGUGAGAGCUGCCCUAGUAUGUUGCCUUCUCCCUGCAGUGAGAAGACAUUUGAAUAUAAAGGCUUCCAGAGGAUGAGUAGAACAUUUUCUGAAUGCUCCUACCCAGAAACAGAGGAGGAGGAAUUUCUGGACAGAGAUUCCUGCCACCGGUUUGAAAAGCGACUGAGCAGGAGUGAGUCCACCAAUGCCUUUCUCAAGGGGGCUCGGAAAGAAAGCUCAGCUGUCCUAAACAGAAUCCAGAAAAUUGAACAGGCCUUAAAAGAACAACCUGGCCGAGGACUUCCUCAGUUGCCAAGUAGCUGCUAUAAUGUGGAUAGCGGCAGAAAGAAGUCUUUGACUUUGGGGCUUUCAGAGAGCUUGACUGAGAUUGCAAAUGAUAGCAAAGCAGGGAACAUUACUUGUGGGAGUAACCUGGAGACACCCACGGAGACUGACAAAACUAGUAAAAUGCUGCAUGGGCUAACUACCAUGGUUAGUUCUUUUAGUCCUAAGCUGCUUCCGGAGAGCCUGGCAAACACAGCAGUAAAUCCUGUGCCCAAGCCCAAACGCACCUUUGAGUAUGAAGCUGACAAGAACCAUAAGAGCAAAUCAAGCAACGGACUACCUCCUUCAUCAGUGGCUGCUGUUCCUCCCCCUCUUCCAUCAACUCCUGCUCCCCCUGCCACCCGGAGACCGAAAAAAGAGUCGCGCUUUCACAGAAAAUCCCCAAAUAGAAAAUCUUUUGAAUUUGAAGAUGCUUCAAGCCUCCAGUCAUUGUAUCCUCCCUCCCCAAGUGAGAAUGGUACUGACAGUCAGCACAAGUUUGGAUCUAAGAGCACUUUAGAAGAGAAUGCCUAUGAAGACAUUGUAGGAGAUUCACCCAAGGAAAACCCAUAUGAGGAUGUGGAACUGAAAGCCCGUAAUGCAGGCCGAAAAUCCCAGCAGCUCUCCGAAAGUUCCCUAGAUUCUUUGCACAGGAUGUGGAGUCCACAGGACAGGAAGUACACAACACCUCCGCAGCUACCUUUAAAGCCCAGCAGCCAAUCCCUACGAAUUGGAAACUGGUCAGACAGGAAAAGCCAUCGCCUGCCACAAUUACCCAAGAGGCACAGCCACAACGAUAUGCUGCUGCUGGCCCAGCUUGGCAUCACUUCUUCUCCUUCUAGCCUGAAUGAGGAUAGUUUGAGUACUACAAGUGAACUUCUGUCCACACGCAGGGUUCGCAGAGUCCCAAAGCUGGUACAGAGGAUCAAUUCUAUCUAUAGUGCAAAAAGAGGGAAAAAAAGAUUGAAGAAGCUUUCAAUGUCCAAUAUUGAAACAGCAUCACUGAGAGAUGAAAAUAGUGAGAGUGAGAGUGAUUCAGAUGAUAGAUUUAAAGCUCAUACCCAACGGCUUGUCCACAUCCAGUCAGUGCUAAAGAGGGCUCCUAGUUACCGAACUUUGGAACUGGAGUUGAUUGAAUGGCAGGAACGUGAACUGUUUGAGUCUUUUGUGGUGGUUUCUCUUAAGAAGAAGCCCGCUAAAAACACAUACCUUCCUGAAGUCACAUAUCAGUUUCCAAAGCUAGAAAGACCCACAAAACAAGUUCGUGAAGCUGAAGAGCGACUCAAAGCCAUUCCUCAGUUUUGCUUUCCAGAUGCUAAAGACUGGAGUCCAGUAUCCGAAUACAACAGUGAGACAUUCUCUUUUAUGCUGACUGGAGAAGAUGGCAGCAGAAGGUUUGGCUACUGCAGGAGAUUACUGCCAAGUGGAAAAGGACCACGCGUGCCUGAAGUAUAUUGUGUCAUCAGUCGCCUGGGUUGCUUUGACUUAUUUUCCAAGAUCCUGGAUGAAGUUGAAAGAAGGAGAGGAAUAUCUGCUGCUCUGGUUUAUCCAUUUAUGAGGAGCUUGAUGGAGUCACCUUUCCCUGCACCUGGAAAGACAAUCAAAGUCAAGACCUUCUUGCCUGGAGCUGGAAAUGAGGUGAUAGAGCUUCGCCGACCAAUGGACUCUCGGCUGGAACAUGUGGACUUUGAGUGCCUUUUCAAGUGUCUGAGUAUACGACAGAUCAUCAGAAUCUUUGCUUCACUCCUGUUGGAGCGGCGAGUAAUCUUUGUAGCAGAUAAACUCAGCACCCUCUCCAGCUGCUCUCAUGCUGUAGUGGCUUUGCUAUAUCCCUUCUCAUGGCAACAUACCUUCAUCCCCGUCCUCCCAUCUUCCAUGAUUGACAUUGUCUGCUGCCCAACUCCAUUUCUGGUUGGAUUGCUGUCAAGCUCACUGCCCAAAUUAAAGGAGCUACCUGUGGAAGAGGCUUUGAUGGUGAACCUUGGAUCUGAUCGUUUCAUCAGACAGAUGGAUGAUGAAGACACUCUUUUGCCUCGGAAAUUGCAAGCAGCUCUGGAGCAGGCCCUAGAGAGGAAAAAUGAUUUGAUAAACCAAGAUUCAGACAGUGAAUCGGAUGAGGAAUGUAAUAAUACCUUAAAUGGACUAGUAUCAGAAGUUUUCAUCCGUUUCUUUGUGGAGACCAUUGGACACUAUUCCCUUUUCCUAACGCAAAAUGAAAAGGCUGAGCGAAUGUUCCAGAGGGAGGCUUUCCGCAAAUCAGUUGCUUCAAAGAGCAUCCGUCGGUUUUUAGAAGUUUUUAUGGAAUCUCAGAUGUUUGCUGGCUUUAUCCAAGACAGAGAACUGAGAAAAUGUAGGGCAAAAGGUCUCUUUGAACAGAGGGUUGAACAGUAUUUGGAAGAACUUCCAGACACAGAACAAAGUGGAGUAAAUAAAUUUCUACGAGGCCUUGGAAAUAAAAUGAAGUUUCUUCAUAAGAAGAAUUAAUUCCUUUCUAAUGAGAUAUGGAUCCAAAGACUAUUUAUGACACUGGGCACCGAACACCACCUGCAGCUUUUCCGAUGCUAGUGCUGGAGGGCACAGAAUGAGCUGCUCACAUGUUUAAGUGGCUGCAAAUUGAAUUUUAACUGUGUGCCAGCAAAAAUAAUGUAUUUGGUAGAGAUUUGUAAAUAAUACACUAUGCUGUAAGCAUUAACAAUUUUGUUUUUGUAAUGAGCAGAGACAACUGUGGUAAUGUUUGUAUAUUCCUGAAAAACAACAGGUGCUUUUUUCUUUAUUAGGAACUGAGUUAUGCUUGGUGCAAACUGAAUGGUGAAUUAUGUGCAGCUGACUGUCUCAGCAGAACCACUGACUCUGAAGGAUGUUUGUUAGGGCUGUGCUGUACUAUGGAAGUGAAUGAACACCAGUGGGGGAAUUUAGGGGUGGGAGAAUCUGAAAGAGGACUGAUUUUUAUAUGACAGAGUUUAUAUUUUUCUUUAGCUUUUCUUCUAAUUCGUUUUUUCAAGAAAAAUAGCCUUUUGUUUUGCAAUAAGGUACUUGAUUCACACUCCCAAAUGAUCUGGUUUAUUUUGAAUGGUCAGUAAAUUGCAAUGCAUUCUGCAAUAUAAUUGCUAAACUUGGAGAAAUCUUUGGCCUUUUGACACCAUGGUGGCGAAUGACUAGGUACAUUGCAUCCUUUUCUAGUGUAUGUUUUAUUUCUAAUAAAUUGUGUAAAUACUUG